GCGCGCAUGCGCAGGGAACGGCGGCGGGUGCUGCGGAGCCGGGGCUGCCGGGGCUGCGGGCGCCAUGUCGGGCCGCUCGGUCCGCGCCGAGACCCGCAGCCGCGCCAAGGAUGACAUCAAAAAAGUGAUGGCGGCCAUCGAGCGCGUCCGCAGAUGGGAGAAGAAGUGGGUGACGGUGGGCGACACUUCACUGCGGAUCUUCAAGUGGGUGCCGGUGGCCGACAGCAAGGAGAAAGAGAAAUCCAAAUCGAGUGGCGGCGUUGCACGGGAACCCAAUGGUUUCCCUGCUGACUCGGCUGCCAACUCCUCACUGCUCCUCGAGUUCCAAGGUGCUGUUUCUGCAGAUGAGAACAGCAACCAGAGCUCCCUGUCAGAUGUCUACCAGCUCAAGGUGGACAGCAGCCCCAACUCCAGCCCCAGUCCCCAGCAGAGUGAGUCCAUGAGUCCUGCCCACACAUCUGACUUCCGCACGGAUGACUCACAGCCACCCACACUGGGGCAGGAGACUCUGGAAGAGCCCUCGCUGCCUUCCUCAGAAGUUGCUGAUGAACCUCCCACUCUUACAAAAGAAGAGCCGGUCCCCCUUGAGACUCAGGUAACUGAAGAGGAGGAGGACUCUGGUGCACCGCCUCUGAAGAGAUUUUGUGCCGAUCAGAACUCUGUGUGCCACACAGCCUCGGAGAGCUAGCUUGCCCAUCCCCGGGGAGAGCCUUCGCCAGACCCUCGCAGAGCUGCCUGCCCUUCCCUGGGGAAUGGGGUGCUUCCCCAGCCUGCCCUUCCCAAGGGACAGGGCACUCCUGCUGCCUCGCCAUCCAGCCUGCCCUGCCCUAGGGGCAGGAGCCUCCCACCAGCCCCUGCAGAGGCAGCCUGCAAGUGAUUUGCCAAGCUGAAUGGGGCUGCCACCAGUACCUGCAAAUUUGCCUCUAUUUAUUGGCUCCUACUCUCCCUGCUGAUCUGUGCUGUAGUGGCGUGGGGUCUCUGGUGUGUGGUCUGCAUGCGCAGGGGGAGGGAUCCUUGGGAUGCCCCGCUCUCUGUCACCCCUAACGCACUGGCAGAUGCUGUUUGCCUGCUUCUGGAUUCACUGUCCACCCUGUCCUGCGUGCUGGGAACAGAAGAGCCAUGUCCCACCUGCAGAAA